CACGCUCUCUCUCUUUCUCUCUCGUCUUCUUCGCCUCCCUCCCUCCGCCGCGCCUCCCCAUCCCCUCCGCCGCCGCCGCUCUCCGCUCUUCCGGUCUCCUCGGCGAUCUGCGCGGCCAAUCGCACAGGCGGGGCGCGCGCGCGGUGAAGGAUCGCUCCAGUGAGGUGAGUGCAGGGGAGCUCUGCAUCAGCUGGGCCAUGGAGAAGGCGGUAGCGGCGGCUUGUGGAUGGAGGAAGGGUUUGGAGGAGGGAGAGCCGGAGUGGGAAGCGAUGGAGCUGGAGGCGGCGGCGCCGGCGAUCUUUCCGGCGGACGGUGGCGGCGGCGGCGUCAGGAGGAGUCCGGCGGCGUCGACGAUCUUCUUGCCAGAUCUUCUAGACGGGAGCUUUCUUUCUGACGAUGAUCUAAGCCAGAUGGAGGAUAUAUUUCAACCAGCACAUGAGGAUGACAUCCACCAUUUGUUACAAGGGCCCCAAGAUGAAGCAGACCUGGACAAAUGGUUAGCAGGUCAAUCUUGUUCACCCGCAGCGGAAGGCUCCAUAACAGUCCAAACACCUACAUAUCCCAUACUAAAUCUUAUAGAUUUCAUACCAAAGGACGGUUGUAAACGUGGCCCACGAGGUGCUCGCAAGAGACAGACAUUUCCAUCACGAGGUGCUCGCACGAGACGGGCUUUUCCAUUGCAACAACUAUGCUUUGGAACCACUAGAGACAAAAGAUGUCGUCUAAGAAAAAAUAAUGAUCACUGGACAAUCAAAGAAGUAAAAAAUUUGGUACAAGGUGUUUCCAAGCAUGGGGUUGGACGAUGGACAGAAUUGAAGAGAGAUUUUUUCUCCACAUCCAUUCGAACUUCUGUCCAUCUGAAGGAUAAAUGGAGGAACCUGUUGAAAGCAUGUGGGAUCGAUUUCACCUCCACAGCAAAGGGAAAAGCACAGAAGACAAUGCUAUGGCCCCUUGAUAAACGAUUGACUGAACAGAUUAUACAGUUAGCAUAUAAACACCCUUACCCAAGACAAAAGUACUAGAAUAGUUACUGGUUGUUCUAGCAGAGAAAGCAACUGGUAGAAGAGUCAGAAGGUAUCAGAGCAUAUAGUAGAGUUGAUUUUAGUCAGGACCAUCAGUAGAUUUAUCUCCUCCUUAACUAGUAGCUACUGAAAUUUAAACGUUUUUUUGUCGUUUUGGUUACAAUUUCCUCUCCACAUUUGGGAUUUUGUAAUUGGAUUGUAAAUACUGUCUUAUUGACAAAUUGGAGGGGGUUCAGUCUCCAGGAUCUUACUUGGUUUUACUGAAAUUCAGUUGUCAAGUUUGUGUUCUCAAUCACACAAUUUCU